CACAUAAAACCGUAUUGCCUCUAAUAGUUGGUACUCUACCGAUGAUGGACGACAAAGCUACCCAGUUACAUAAGACAUUGUUGUCGGAUGGAGGUCAGUCAGGGGAUGAGGUGGAAGUGAAAAGGAGAAGAAAAGGACACACAAAACGUAUCAGAAGACCAAGCAGUGCCAGGUUCAUAUUUGAUGAUUUCUCCAGCCAGCAGUCAGAGGAUUUACUGAGACAGCAUGGAAAACAUGCCACGUACUUGGUAUCUCAUUUCCACGAUCCACAAAGCUACCAACUUGUCAUUAGAUUUGACGAACCAGAAGGACUAGUGUUUAAGCAUUAUGCUAUGGGUCUGACUGGUGAAAGAGAAGUAUUUGUAGAAGGAAUUCAAGGUAAAUUUAAAUCUCUAGAAGAUGGGAUUUUAGCCGUCGAGGAGGAGCUAAGCACAAAAUUGUCUCCAAUAUUUGAUUUUGAUAGUGAUGAAGACACCGACUUUUUGUCCUCUGACUCAAUAUCAAUAAGUCAAGAAGUUCCACCUGAAUAUGUUCCCGCUCAAAAAUACCCAGAGGCACCACGAAAGCAGCUGCCAUUCAUUGUACCCAUAAGACCGACUCUAAGAAGAUUACAAAAUGCGACACUGACAAAUUCUCUACAGAGGGAAUCCGACUACAACACUGUACCUGAAUCUGAAGUGCACCACGGCUGUUGCUGGAGAUUAUGUCACACGGAUCCACGCGGUCAAUGGUACAAGCCACACAAAGCAGGUCCCUGCAUGGCAGUCGUCCUUGUUAUAGGAUGGUUCUUUUUCUUGCUCCUAUUUGGCUGGAUAAUAGCCCUUGCUCUUUUACUAGUUGGCAUACUGGUCAUGUGUGCAUAUACGCUGAACUUUGUCUGCACAGGAAGAUGUACGAUUGAUGACGAUGAUGAUUAAUUAAUAUACGAUAACUUUAUUUUUAUAAUAAUUUUUAUAAUUGUAUAAUAAUAAUAACUAUUAUUGACAUUGGGUGCGGUUGUGUACAUUCUGAAUUAUCUAAAUAACAACGUUUGCCUGCAGCUGGAAUUCCAGUGAUGCCAAUAGUUCAUAUAGUA